CUCAGAGCCUUCCUGAUGUAUAUAUGCAGGUAGUGAGAACUGAAUAGGCCCUUUGAGAUAGUAAUAUAGUAAAACUCUGAUUUGGGAAGCAGUGGUUCUCCUUAAUUUUCUCCUCUUGUGGGAAUGAGUUGCCAAUCUUUUUCUUCAGCUGAUACCUUCAUACCUCUGAAUUCUGAUGCUUCUGCAACCCUGCCUCUGAUAAUGCACCACAGUGCUGCCGAGUGUCUACCGGUCUCCAAUCAUGCCACCAAUGUGAUGUCUACAGUCCCGUCUGUUUUGUCUUUGAUCCAAACUCCUAAAUGUCUGUGCGCACAUUUCUCGGUGGCAACGUUGGGAAAUACAGCAACGGGACUUCAUUAUUCUGUUCCUUCCUGUCAUUAUGGAAACCAGCCAUCAACCUAUGGAGUGAUGGCAGGUAGUUUAACUCCUUGUCUUUAUAAGUUUCCUGACCACACCUUGAGUCAUGGCUUUCCCCCCAUACACCAGCCCCUCCUUGCAGAGGACCCCACCGCUGAUUUCAAGCAGGAACUCAGGCGGAAAAGUAAACUGGUUGAAGAGCCAAUAGACAUGGAUUCUCCAGAAAUCCGAGAACUUGAGAAGUUCGCCAAUGAAUUUAAAGUGAGAAGAAUUAAGUUAGGAUACACCCAGACAAAUGUCGGGGAGGCCCUGGCAGCUGUGCACGGCUCUGAAUUCAGUCAAACCACUAUCUGCCGAUUUGAAAACCUGCAGCUCAGCUUUAAAAAUGCGUGCAAACUAAAAGCAAUAUUAUCCAAAUGGCUAGAGGAAGCAGAGCAAGUGGGAGCUUUGUACAAUGAAAAAGUGGGAGCAAAUGAAAGGAAAAGGAAGCGAAGAACAACUAUAAGUAUUGCUGCUAAAGACGCUCUGGAGAGACACUUUGGAGAGCAAAAUAAACCUUCCUCUCAAGAGAUCAUGCGGAUGGCUGAAGAACUGAAUCUUGAGAAAGAAGUAGUAAGAGUUUGGUUUUGCAACCGAAGGCAGAGAGAAAAACGAGUGAAAACAAGUCUGAGUCAAAGUUUAUUUUCUAUUUCUAAGGAGCAUCUUGAGUGCAGAUAAGAUUUCCUAUUCUGUUAUAGCCAAUUUUUCUGUUUUUCAUUCCUUUCUCUUGUCCAACAAAAAUACAUAUUAGUUACUUGGUUGGCUUCAACAACCAUUUUAGACCAAUAACUCUUGUAGAAGCUUUUCUUUUCUACUAUUUUUUUUUAAAGAAUGCAAUUUAAAUAUAUCGAUGAAUUAUUUUCCUUAAAAUAAUUAUUGUCAGAAGCCACAUUGUACAUUUUAAGCCAAAGAUACUAAUGGGAAUAAAA